AUGCUGAAGGAUGUGGAAGGUCCUUUCGCGGAUGGUGAAGGGAAGGACAAAGAGGAUGAGGUGACGUCGCCGAUCGCUGACCCCGAGGCACCUGCGAAAGGGGAGGAAGAAGAGGAAGAUGAGGACGAUGGUUAUCUCAGCGACGAUCCGGAGGAGCAUUUUGAUCCGGUGAAGGCGGGGGAGAUUGCUGCGCGCGCUGGUUUCUCAAUCACGAUGCUGGUCCCGAUCAAGUACGAGGAGGAAGUUCAGCGUACCAUUGAUAUGGUCAAAGGGCUUCUUGCGCUGUGGAGGAAGCACAUGUCGGCCCACAUACUGACGACGACUAAAUGUCAGGUUCUCCUGCCUGCGUGGUUGUCAAAGAAGCGGUAUGGAAGGCUACAAGCCACCUUCCAGCAGGCAUCGGGCGCCAACUACGUGUGGUGUCGCAGGAUCGAGCACAAGAUGCUGAAUGAGAAAAGCAUUUUCCUGGACUGGCAGCAUCCAGAGAAUCCGAUCUACAUUCAGGAGCGUGCGACAAACCCGAACUCGAUUGAAGUGCUGCUGAAGAGCGUCCCGGCCGCCAUUACGUCGGAGACGGUGUAUGAGUACCUGGUGAAGACGGUGCUGGAGAAGCGUGGUCGGACCCCGUUUCUCAGCGGUGCUGCUUUCCACAGGGUGGUGGAUCCGGUCACCGGUGCGGAUACUGACAAGAUCAGGGGCCUGGUUAAGGGGCACCCGGGGGAUAAGUAUCGCUAG